UUUCUCCUUCAUGUUUUCAGCUUACUUCACCAUAGCGCAGAAAUCUCUUUGGUUCACAAUGAGUGGCUGCAAACUGGUUUCUUUUGUUUUGAUCCUUCACUUACUCAAUUCCUUUCUGAUUUCAUGUUCCUCCAAUGAGUUAUCUCAAAUCCCAAAAAACUUGCUUAGUCUGGCUAAAAGAGAUGAGUUUUUCGAUUGGAUGGUUGGAAUCAGAAGGAGACUCCACGAGAACCCAGAAUUAGGUUAUGAGGAAGUAGAGACAUCUAAGCUUGUUAGAGCAGAACUUAAAAAGAUGGGUGUGUCUAAUUAUAAGUAUCCAGUUGCUGUAACGGGUGUUAUUGGAUAUGUCGGAACUGGUCAAGCCCCUUUUGUUGCUUUAAGGGCUGAUAUGGAUGCACUUCCUAUGCAGGAAAUGGUAGAAUGGGAACACAUGAGUAAGGUUCCAGGGAAGAUGCACGCUUGUGGACAUGACGCUCACACUACAAUGCUCCUCGGUGCUGCAAAAUUGCUCAAAGAACACGAAGACGAGCUACAGGGUACUGUGGUUCUUGUUUUCCAACCAGCGGAGGAAGGAGGAGCGGGUGCAAAGAAAAUCGUGGAGGCUGGAGUAAUGGAUAAUGUGGAAGCAAUCUUUGGAUUACAUGUUUCGAAUCUAUUAGGGUUAGGUCAACUGAGCUCAAGAGAGGGUCUAUUGAUGGCUGGUAGUGGACGUUUCGAAGCUAAGAUAAGCGGGAAAGGAGGUCAUGCAGCUCUUCCUCAAUUCGCCAUAGAUCCAGUUUUGGCAGCUUCAAAUGUUAUUCAAAGCUUACAACAACUCGUUUCGCGAGAGGCAGAUCCUUUAGACUCGCAGGUGGUUACAGUUGCUAAAUUUGAAGGCAGUGAUGCCUUUAAUGUCAUUCCUGACUUUGUUACUAUCGGUGGCACAUUCCGAGCCCUUUCACCUACAAGUUUUGCGCAAAUUAAGCAAAGAAUUGAGCAGGUUAUCACAACGCAAGCAAGCGUGAGCAUGUGCAAUGCAACAGUUGACUUUCUUGAAGAUGUAUUUCCUCCUUUCCCGCCGACUGUGAACAACAAAGAUUUGCACCCUUUUUAUAAGAGCAUUGCAGUGGAUAUGCUAGGGGCUGAGAAUUUUGUUGCGACACAACCCGUGAUGGUAUCAGAGGAUUUCGCUUUCUACCAGGAAGCAAUCCCGGGACAUUUUAGCUUUGUUGGAAUGCAGAACAAAAAUCAUCCAGCGAUGCCGAACCCUCACUCUCCGUAUUUUGAAGUUAAUGAAGAAGUACUCCCUUAUGGUGCUUCCCUUCUUGCUUCCUUGGCCACAAGAUAUCUUCUUGAGUCUUCUUCAUCGCCAAAUAAGAGUUACAUGAAAGAUGAACUUUGAUGCCAUAGUUGCAUCUCAUCUCAUCAUCUACUUAUCCAAAAUGUCAAUCAUGGUUCCGUGUAACUACUCGCAGUUACUUAGGUCACAAGUAAAGCUCUUGGAAACUUUGUGCCCCCACGCUUGAUGCUCAAUAAUCAGAACAAAACUAUAUAAAAUGUAAGAAAUCCUCAUAUCUGGAUCAAACAUGCAUGAACAACGACUUUUUUUUUGUU